AGCCAUUUUGGCUCAAGCCAGUGUGGCUCAAGCCAGCAGGGCUCAAGAGAGGCGUACCUCCGGCGGCGCUUCCCGCGCUCCAGGCCCUGCCGUCGCCCCAUGGUGAUCCCGCUGUCCUCGACGACGGCCCAGCAGAGCACGCCCACUGUGGUGCUCAUCCACGGCUUGGACGCGAACAAGGGCACGUGGCACGGCAUCCUCCACGACUUGCACUCGGCCAGCUACCCGGCCAUAGCGUUCGACCUGCGUGGGCACGGAGACUCUCCGCUCGGCGACCCGGCGGAGUUCAGUGCGGCCGCCGUGGCCGAGGACGUGGUCGCGGCAAUCCAGGCCUGCGGAAGCCGCUUGCCCGCCGUCCUGGUUGGCCACUCCAUGGGCGGCCGCGUCGCCGCGCGAGUCGCCGCGGUGGACGCCCAGCGCUCGCGUGCUGGUGCGCGGCCUCUGCUUGCCGCCUGUGUGAUUGUCGACAUGGAUCUCAGGGUGAGGCACCCUCCCUGGUCGGCGGACGCCGACCUCUCGGAGCCGCAGCUCGCGGCGCUGGGCUCGUUCGCGAGUGAGAACGGGCAGCGCUUCGGCAGCUGGGAGGAGGCGCGCGACGCACUGCUGCCCUGGUACGCCGAGGACCCGGGCAGCGGCUCCGACCAGUGGGUCGAUUCCUGGAAGGGGAAGCAGGUGCGUCCAGCGCCCAGCGGCGGCUGGUGGUCAGACCUCAACCCGCUCGGCCGGCGGCUGGCAUUCCGGUCCCUGCUCGAGACCGCGGACGGCCUGGAUGCGUGGGAUGUGCUCGCCCGCGAGCGGCCGCUGCGCUUCGAGGUCCACGUGUGGCGGGCGGAGCGGCAGUCGGGCUGCAGGGACGAGGGAGAGGGCGGCCUCCUGGACAUGCGGGCGCGGCUCCCCGAGCUGCACGUCCGCGUGUUCGGCGGCUCGGCGCACUCCAUCCACUGGUCGAACCGCGAGGAGUUCGCGGCCGCGCUGCGGGGUGUCGUCGACGGCGCCGCCAGCCGGCUGCGCGCGGGCUCGUAGCCGGGCUUCUCCCGCGGGCCGCGGGCGCGCGGCGGCGGCGCCACCAGCGCGGCCACGGCGCGGGAGCCACCGUCGCGGCCCUGCUGACGACGCGCAGGUGUGGAGGCGGUCGGCGCGGCAGGGCCGGGGG